CUGGUGGCCGCCUCACUUGAAGGGAAGUCGGAGAAGGGACCACGACACUCAGCGGAGACAUGUAAAGAUGGCGGAACUACAAAUGUUGCUCGACGAGGAGAUCCCGGCCGGCAAGAGAGCGCUUGUCGAGAGUUACCAGAACCUAACCCGAGUCGCGGACUACUGUGAAAGCAAUUAUGUGCAGGCCCAGGACAAGAGGAAAGCUCUGGAGGAGACCAAAGCCUACACCACGCAGUCGCUGGCCAGCGUGGCCUACCAGAUUAAUGCCUUAGCCAACAACGUGCUGCAGCUGCUGGACAUCCAGGCCUCGCAGCUGCGGCGCAUGGAGUCUUCCAUCAACCACAUCUCGCAGACAGUGGACAUCCACAAAGAGAAGGUGGCGCGACGAGAGAUUGGCAUCCUGACGACCAACAAGAACACGGCGAGGACCCACAAGAUCAUCGCGCCAGCCAACAUGGAACGCCCCGUGCGCUACAUCAGGAAGCCCAUCGACUACGCCGUGCUGGACGACGUUGGACACGGAGUCAAGCAGCACGGAAACAAUCAGUCAGUCCGAGCGGGAACCUUAUCGCGGACCAACCCGCCUACGCAGAAACCACCCAGCCCGCCCAUGUCAGGGCGCGGGACGCUUGGGCGCAACGCAUCCUACAAAACUUUGGAGCCAGUGAAGCCCCCGACGGUGCCCAACGAUUACAUGACCAGCCCGGCCCGCCUGGGCAACCAGCACGCCGCGCAGCACAGCCCUGGACGCACGGCCUCGCUCAACCAGAGGCAGCGCACACACAGCGGCAGCAGCGGGGGCAGCAGCAGCCGGGAGAACAGCGGCAGCAGCAGUGGCAUCGGCAUUCCCAUCGCAGUACCUACACCCUCCAUUCCCAACUUGGGACCAGUCCCAUUCAUGACCUCCCCUCCGGGUGUGCCUCCUCCGCCUCCCCCUCCGAGCGGGUUCGCGGUGGCCCCCGGGCCUGGCCCGGGCCCCGCCCCGAUGUCGCAGUUCGGCACCAUCUCGCGACAGAUUUCGCGGCACAACCCCGCCAACUCGUCCGUCUCCAUGGUGUCGGCCACCGGCACCUACCGUCGGGCCCCUUCCGUCACCUCACAGUUCUCCUUGCAGCAACAGCAGCAGCAAAUGCAGCAACAGCAGCCUCAUAUUAACGGGGGCACGCCCGCUUACAGCCACAACUCAAUGUGCGUGGCCCCCCCUCCUCCUCCCCCCAUGCCCCAGCUGACGCCACAGAUCCCCCUGACUGGCUUUGUGGCCAGGAUGCAGGAGAGCAUCUCCGACACCCCGACUCCGCCCCCGCCGCCACCCCCGGACGACCUGGCCAUGUUCGACGAGUCCCCACCGCCGCCACCCCCUCCCCCGGUGGACUACGAGGAGGAGGAUGCCUCAGUGGUGCACUACAACGACCCCUAUGCCGACGGAGACCCCCAUUGGGCACCCAAAAACUACGUCGAAAAAGUGGUGGCCAUCUACGACUACAGCAAGGAUAAAGAUGACGAGCUCUCUUUCAUGGAGGGCGCCAUCAUCUAUGUGAUGAAGAAGAACGACGACGGCUGGUACGAGGGCGUCAGCGGCGGCGUCACCGGCCUCUUCCCCGGCAACUAUGUGGAAAGCAUCAUACACUAUGCCGACUGAAACGCGACCAAGCAAGAUGAGAAACUGUACAAGUAGUCUACGGUGAGCCCCCGCUUGCCAGGGAUACGUUCCAGACACACCCGCGAUCCAGAGAGGACCAGACACGGGCCACACCCAAAAAAAAAAAAAGUGGUUAAAAAUCUGCGACUGUUCGGCUUGCACAAAUAAUGAGCUGCAAUUUAGUGGGAGGGGUCACUGUAUUGGGGCUUUUCUACGUGGGUGGACAGACAACAAUUGAAGGAUGUGGAAAGAUGGCCGGCUGCUCCAACAAGGAGCUUUGAUGGAAAUGUGUAAAAAAAUAAAAUAAAAUCAGUCGGCGGCGUUCUCUCUAUGCUGUAAAUUGAGUUAACUCAAUACUUCCUCCCUGAGAGAAGAACCAUUUAGAAAAAAAGCAUGCCAACCUUCAUGAUAUUAACUUCAGUUUAUUGCUAUUGCCAUUAUGUUGUAAAUUUAUUCACCUUUUAUAUAAUUUGUAUUUCUGUUGAAUCACUGAACUUAAAAAAAAAAAAAAAAAAGAAAGAAAUGCAGAUUUCCGGGCCUCAAAAAUUAAACACAUUUGCUGCGUUCACACAUUGGCAUCCUUUAAUG